AUGAGCGCCAGAACCCGACGGCAAAAAGCUGCCCUGGCUGUGAACGGGGAGGAGAGUGAGGAAGGCAAUGGUGUUGCGCUUACGCCAUCCAAGCGCGCACCUUCGAAGAAAAGGACUCGGUCUGCGGCGCGUGAAGGCCCGCGGGAGAACGUGUUUUUGUUCUGGCCUAACAUUAUCGGGUACACCCGAAUCAUCCUUGCCUUCGCAUCGCUCUACUACAUGCCCCUCCAUCCCCGGACAUGUUCCAUCUUGUAUAGCGUGUCUUGUCUACUUGAUGCACUGGACGGAUAUGCGGCGCGGUACUUUGACCAGUCUACCACCUUUGGUGCGGUGUUGGACAUGGUGACAGAUCGCUGUACUACAUCCUGCUUGCUGGUCUUCUUGGGCUCCGCCUGGCCCCGAUGGGCUAUUGUUUUCCAGGGGUUGAUUUGCUUGGAUCUGGCCAGUCACUACAUGCACAUGUACGCCACUCUGAGCAUGGGUGGAUCAAACCAGAGUCACAAGAAGAUUGACUCCAGCCGAAGCUGGGUGCUGUACCAAUACUACAACAGCAAGGUCGUUCUCUUCUUCUGCUGCGGCUUGAACGAGCUCUUCUUCAUCGGCCUUUACUUGUUGUCUUUCUCUUCGCCCACCCUCUCGCCCUCCCUUCUGCAGCCGGUCCCCGACUCUCAACCAUUCUCCGCCCAGCCCGGAAACCCUGCGCACCCCCAACCCGGCAGCCUGUUCGCCAGCCCGUGGAGUGCCGGCGCUCUUGAACUGGCCCGUGCAAACAAGAUUGAUAGCUUCUGGCCUUGGGUCAUUACCGGCGUCGCGGCCCCUGUCAUGGCGUUCAAGCAGUUUGUCAACAUCGUCCAGAUGGUUAAUGCCAGCAAGUGGAUGGCCGAGGGUGACCUUGAGGCUCGUCGUAACCGCAAGAGAAACUAA